UCUGUCUACUGCCAAUCUGCUUGUCUCCUUCUAACAUCGCGAAGAACAGUAAUGGAGCAGUCUAGUCAAUUCGAAGAGGUUGCAAAUCCCACCAUGACUGAACCAGCAGCAUCAAGAGGUGAUGGUGGUGGUGCACAACCUAUUGGACAACCAACAGUUAUAGCUGAAGCUGUAGAAACUAAUCCUACUGCUACCCUCCCAAUUAAUACAAGAAAGAGGAAAUUAAAUGCAAGUGGGUCUCAAAAAACCUCUAUAGUUUGGGAACAUUUCAAAACAAUAUCUGAAAAUGAAUCUAAGGAGAAAAUGGCUGAAUGUAAUCAUUGUGGUAAACGAUAUAGGUGUGAUCCAAAGAUACAUGGCACAUCAAGUUUACUUAACCACAUAGGAAAAUGUCCUAAAUAUCCAAAUGCUAUUAUUAAUGACCCCAACCAAACAUCCCUUACCUUGAAGAGAGAUGUGAGCGGUUUGACAGUUGUAAGCCAAAGAUACAAUGUUGAAGCUUGUAGGAGGGCAUUAAUUGUCUUUAUUAUUUUAGAUGAACAACCUUUUAGGGUGGUUGAGGGUGAGGGUUUUAAGCACUUUUGUAGACAGUUACAACCACAAUUUAUUGUACCAUCAAGACAUACAAUAGCAAGGCUUUGUUUUCAAUUUUAUAUGGAUGAAAAGCAUAAGCUAAAGGCUUUCUUUAAGUCAAAUUGUGCUAGGGUAGCUCUCACUACUGACUGUUGGACGUCUAUUCAAAAUUUAAACUAUUUGGCACUCACAACACAUUUUAUAGAUAAUGAUUGGAAAUAUCAGAAAAGAAUCAUUAGUUUCUCAAUAGUUCCUAACCACAAAGGGGAGACCAUAGGAAAGAAAGUUGAGGAGGUAUUAAAGGAAUGGGGUUUGAGAAAUGUGUCUACAAUUACAGUUGACAAUGCUUCAGCCAAUGAUGUGGCUGUAACAUAUUUGAAAAAAAGAUUCAAGAAUAUGGGAGGAUUAGUAAUGGAUGGUCAAUUUUUUCAUAUGAGGUGUUGUGCCCAUAUACUAAAUCUAGUAGUGAAUGAUGGUUUAAAAGAUGUGCACAAUUCAAUUGCAAAUAUUCGGACAGCUGUUAGAUUUGUAAGGUCUUCACCCCAAAGAUUGGCUAAGUUCAAAGAGUGUGUUGAAUUUUCAAAAAUUGAAUGUAAAAAAUUGUUAUGUCUUGAUGUUCCCACAAGAUGGAAUUCCACAUAUAUGAUGUUAGAUGCUGCUGAAAAAUUUCAAGUUGCCUUUGAAAAGCUUGACUUUGAAGACUCAAGUUAUCUAGAGGUUUUUGGGAUAGCUGGUCCCCCAACUACAAUUGAUUGGGAGAAUGUUCGAGCAUUUUUAAAAUUUUUGAAAAUUUUCUAUGAGGCCACUAAGGUUUUCUCUACAUCAUCACAUGUCAGCUUACAUGUUGCAUUUCAUCAACUGUCAUCCAUUUAUUUUGAACUUAAGCAAUCAAAUAUGAAUCUGAACACUAUUUUGGCCAUGAUGGGUUUUAAUAUGAAGCAAAAGUAUGACAAAUAUUGGGGUAAUAUAAAUAACAUCAAUCAAUUGUUGUAUUUUGGAGUUAUUUUUGACCCUCGUUACAAAUUUGAAUUUGUGGAUUGGUCAUUUAAAGAAAUGUAUUUAGACGAUGCAAAUUUUGAUGAAAAUUUGUCCACUUCUUUGAAAGAAAAUUUGUUCCACAUGUAUAAUUGGUACAAGACAGGUUAUGAGAAACAAAAUGAAUCUGCACAAUCCUCUCAUGAUUCAACAUUUUGUGUUUCUCAUAGUGAAACUUCUGUCUUUGUUGAAAAUUCAUCAUAUUUGGCUAGGAAAGAUGCUUUUAAGAAGCACUUAAGGGAAAAAAAAUUCUAUUGAUAGAAAAAAUGAACUUGAAAGGUAUUUAAAUGAAACUUGUAUAGAUGUUGAUGACACAUUUGACAUUCUUGUUUGGUGGAAACAAAAUUCUUCAAGGUUUCCUAUACUAUAAAAAAUGGUUAGUGAUGUUUUAGCCACCCCAAUUUCUACAGUUGCUUCGGAAAGUGCAUUUAGUACAGGGGGUAGAGUUUUAGAUGCUUUUAGAAGAUCUUUAAACCCACAAAUGGCAGAGGCAGUAAUUUGUGCUCAAAAUUGGUUGAGGUCAACUACAACCCAGUUCAAAGAUCUUAAUAUCAAUGAAGAGUUUGAAAUUUCAGAAAAUAUUGUUACAGGUAUCAUAAUAUUCUUUUGCUAUGA